AUGACAACUUCACAUAGACCCACCUUGGAGAGCAGAAAGGGUAGAGACCUGCAACAGACGUCCAUAAUCCACUCCAGACAGGUUGCUGCUCAUAAACAGUUGAAGUAUAGGAAGACAACAACAAUUGAUCCAGUUGAUGCAAAGGAAAAAUUUAAUGAAUUAAAAUUAGAACUAUUACAAAGAGAAAAAACUCAUUUCAAGGAUUCUAAAGGUGAUGAUUAUGAUUAUAAAGAUAGACAGUUAGCAAUAGAGGAUGGUGAAGUGGAGAGCUAUGAAGAUCGAAUGGAAAGAGUUGCUAAAGAGACUAAAGAUUUAGAUGAUAGUAGUGAUGAAGAGGAGGAUCAAGAGGAUGAAGGGAGUGAAAGUGAGAGUGAUGAAGAUGAUGAAAGUGAUGAUGACGCUGAAUUAUUAAAAGAGUUGGAAAAAAUCAGAAAAGAAAGAGCACAAGCUGAAUUACAAAAACAAUUAAAAGAAAAAGAGGAAUCUGCUAUAAAUUCAAAUCCUUUAUUAAGUAAUAAUAAUUCAACAGGAGUAAGGAAAAAUUGGAGACAGGAUAAAGUAUUCAAUUAUAAGAAUAAUCAAGAAAAACAUAAAACUGAUGAUGAUUAUGUUAAUGACUUAUUAAGGUCUGAUUUCCAUCAAAAGUUCUUAAACAAGUAUGUUAAAUGA